AUGAACGUAUUACCAUUGUUGACGUUUCUAACUGAUGUUUUUGCUGCCACCGCCCUUGUAAUUUUCAAAAAUUUUCAAAAUGAUUAACCAUUACAGUAUUUUAAUUAUCGUGUUUAUAAAUUUAGCCUUAUACCAUCAAAGUACUGCAACUCGUUGUUAUGAGUGCUCCUCUGCCCAGAACCCGAAAGAGGAUACCUGUGGAGCGUACAAGGAUUUUGAAAAGGAGAAACACAUUCCUGUGGAGUGUACUAGUGAUGAAUCCCACACACCAGGAACUUUUUGUAUGAAGAUCACCAAGCAGGGUCCAAGAGGGUUCAUUUGGGAUGGCCGAUGGAGACAAGUCAUUAGACGUUGCGGCUCUGUGGCAGAAAAUGGUGUGACAGGUGUGUGCAAUUGGGGUGUCCAGGAAAAUGGAGUUUACUGGGAAGAGUGCUACUGCUCUGAUGACAGCUGUAAUGGCACUUCAGCCGUUCAACCAAAGUUUCUUGCGCUCAUAAGUUGUAUACUUUUUGGUCUCUUCAGUAAACUUUUAAUCAGUAGUGCAAUUUUAGGUGUGUAAGAUCAAAGACUAUUCAAAUAUUUUAGAUUUUCAAAUGAUGACACUACUCUGAAAGUCCAAUCCAACGUUGCCAUUUUUUUGACCUCUUGAAUCCUCUUUGAUAACAAAAGCAUUGUAUCUCUGAUCUUAGGAUCUUAUUUUCUUCAGAAAAUACCAAGAACUUAGAUUAAGUUUGAAAGCAUACAGAAACCCUAUUGCACAACUUUUAGACUGAUUUUAUCGGUUUAGGUUUUUUGGGUUUAGUCCAAACAAAGUACAUAAUAGAUGACAUCUGAAAUGUUUCCUAUCCAUUGCAAAAUUUUCAUUUAGAUGACAUUAAUUGAAAACGAGUGCCUGAUACUGAUUAAUACUGUUUUUCUUAACUUAAAGACCAUACAUCUAUGAAAAAUGGGUAAGUGAUUAUUUUAUCUAUACAUUCAAGAGUAAUGCAAUUGCAAACUUUAUCUGCUCUUCACUAUGCUUAACUUAGAAGAAAAACUCAUGACAAGUCUACAUCAAGAAAUUGAGCACAUUAAAAACUGCAAGGUGGGUUCAGUUUCCUAAAUCUUAUCUUUCCUUGUGCUUUUAAACUUAAAGUGCAAUCGCUUGGCUUUAAUGUGGAAUAGCAUGUCUUACUGGUUAAUUUUUUAGUUUAAUAUACUGACCUAAGAUAAGAAUACUGAAAUCAUGGAUAAGUAUUAAAUCUAUAUCAGUAAAUACACUGCAUAGUUUUGAUUACUCAAAAAGUCUCCUUGUGGGGUGAAUAAAAAGUCUCAUAGUUUCAGGCACCAAGCCUGCGAUCAAAUUCCACAAAAGUCAGCCAAAUAAAGUGUCAAAUCAGUCAUGAUACAAAAUUAUUCUAAGAAGGAGAAUAUUUAGUGGCUUUCUGUAGAAAGGAAUAAAUCUUGACUGCUUUUUUAGUAUUUCUUACUGACAUUUUAUUUGCUUGCAAGGAAACCUUUGCAUUUUAUCUAAAUUUCUGGUGAUUUCCUUACCCGUUUGUGAAAAGAUGCCAAAAUUUUCAGCCCAAUUUGUGCAAUGGUUUUCCCAUUAAAAAAUAAAGUGUUGAUAGAAAUACUGAAACAAUAAGACAAGAUACGUUCCUUUGAGUAAGAUGCAAGGAAUUGUGGCAACUUCUCUGGUAGUUUGAGAGUUAGAAAGAAUUAAUGUAAGUGAGAGUAUUCAGUCUCAGUUCGUAAGAGAACUACAUUGAAAAAUUGUGGACUAAUUAUGGGAAAGAAAUCGUUUGUUGACAUGAUGCAUGAUACGAAUAAGCCUGUUCUUCUCUUUUGCUAUCUUAGAAUUUUAAAAAUAAUACAAUGAGGAAAACACUGUAUGCAACGAAGUCAAUUUCAUUUUUUAUUGUGUAAAUUAUGUACUAUAUUAUGGGAGCACAUGAUUUUCGUCUAACUGAAUGUUGAAUUUUUUAUUUGACCAUAGAUUGUCUCAAUGUUUGUACUUAAGAAUCUCAAGCAUGCAGUUGUUAAAAUUGACUCAAGAUUAUACCCAAAUAGUUUUUGGAAUGGUAAAUGUUUUAAAAUAGAAGAAGUCGACACUGUCACUCAAGAAAGUAAAUCUGAUAUGAGAAAUGUCAGAAAGUAUAAUGAGCAGAGCAAAAGCCAGUCAAACUAGUUUAUUGAAGGCUACAGUGGGAAAGAGCGUAGCUCAGUUUGUGAUAUUGAUUUUUGAGUCAAUGCUCAUGUUUUAUUGUUAUUUUGAAGGAAAACCAAUCUACAAUUUCUAUUGAAAUUAUCUUUGAAAUUUUGCCAUUCAUUUUAAAAGAAGUCACUCUGAUUUGCAAGGAAACGGUUUGAUUGUUCUCCUUUAAUUGAAUAAAAAAUAAUUUGAGAUCUUCAAAUGUUGCAACUGAGAUACAAACUUUUCGAAUUUAGUCACCAUUAGGCCAGACUUCAAUACCUAACUAAUUUAAAGGGGCAUUAGAUUUUCUUCUUUCAAGUACAGCUCCUCUAGAAAUUUAAGGUGUCAACUUGAUCAAAACACCUUGACUAUCUUAACUGUCUCAUUUUAUUUUUCUGGCAUAUCCAACCCUCUAUUUUUAUACUCCUUGUAAUGUUAAUAUUAAUAUUUUAUGUUGCCUUUUUGUUCAAUAGGAUCUCAAAUCUCAACCAUUUAUGCACACAAUGUAAAUAACUGUAACUUAGUUGUAAGCUUUAUUGAUGUGAUGAAAAUCAUGGGCAGGCCAAGAACUUUGGACAGUUUAAAAACUGUUGUCUUUUUUAUUUUUUAUGUAAAUGGAAAAACUAAUUUUUUCUACAAUUCUACAAACGGUAAUUUAUUGUUUCAGCAGUUUAUAAGCGCCCAUUUUUAAAGUAGGUAUUAAAUUGCUCUGAUGAGAUUUUAUCAAAACAUACGAAUAUUUACGUUCAUCAUUACAUUUUUCCAAAACUGCAAAAUUGUAUUUAAUCCUUAAGAGUCAAGUUUUGUUUCCAUUUAAAAACAUACUGAGUGAAAUAAUACCCUGAAAACGUGUUACCAUAAAUUUGCAGUGAAAUAUGUAGAUCUGACAGCACAGGUGAACAUUUACCUACUAAUGCACUCUGUGUUUCUUUUAAUUCAAGUUGUAGAAUAUUCUUUUUUUUUUAAAUCACUGUUUACUUUUAUACUUUCCAUAUUUUUUUAGUCAUUUUAUUGUGUAGGCUAUUAGUGUGACUGCUAAAUCCUCAAUGAUCAAAAUAUGUUGUGUGUUGUAAACAUUUCCGUCCACGAAAGACAUUGUUGAGUAUAUUCGUUCCGUCCAGUUUGUGCCUUUUAAAACUUUGCCUGUGAAAUAUAAAAAUAUUGAAGAUCAUACGAAGUUGGAAGUGUUAUUUCAAUUGUGAGUAGAAAAAUACGAUCUGAAAGGAAAAUCUUUUCACAUGACCAUCUUUCCAUUUUUGUUACCACAUUUGUCCGUUUUCAUUUAUCAAAUCAUUGCCAAAAUGGAGGAAAUUCUGAAUUAAUCAGGGUUUCAACCACCAAGGAAAACCAAGAUAAUUUUAAUUAGAAGGAAGAACCAUGAAAAAAUCAGUGAAUUUGAGAAAAAAAAUUCAUAUUAAUUAGGAUUUUAGCAUUUAACUGAAGUGACAAAUGAAUGUGUAAAGUUUUCGACGGCCAGGAUGAUAUGGAUGCUAAAGUCCGUCGUUUCUUUCCUGAAAAAUAUAAUUUUCAAAAUGGAAAGAAAAAUUCCGGAAACAUUCUGGGAAUAUAGCAUUUUAAAAACACUAUAAGCUUUGACUAAUUCAAAUGCACAAAAAAGCAAUACAGCCAGCUAUUAGUUUUACUAUAAAAAGUGAUAAUUUAGGUACAUAUCCUCUGUUGUUUUGUUUUUUUUUCAAAACAAAAAAUUGUAUACACUUAAAAAUCAUUAUCUGGAAACUUAUUCUAUCCACAUAAAGUUUUGUUUUCAGGCCUCUUACCAAGUAAACACAGAGGUAUCCCAUUCCGUCCAUGUUUAAAUGUUAAUAUUGUAUUUAUUUUGAAAUGAAAUACACGCUUUUUAAUUUUCUAAAAA